AGAGCAGAUUGCACCCCACACCACGUCAGAUGGCGUUCCGGCUGGUCACCCGUGAGUGCCCUAAUGCUGGUUGUCACAUGCCAACCUUCCAUAUCUCACAUUGAAUCUACUCUUUCAUGAUUUCAGGUUUCUUGUUGCCUGCGCUUGUUUUCCUCGGAUUGGCAGCGACGGCUAUCAAUUUCCUCUUUCUGAAAGGCGUGACCCAGAGUCAAGUCAAGGAAAAAUUGGCUAUCAUCUGUGCUUCCCCUCUCGAGGUCUCGUCCAGCCCUCUUCGCUUGGCGUACACAGGGAACGAUGAAGUCGACAAGACUAUGUGUACUGUAUGCUCGUUCUUCCAUGCGCUUAUGGGACCCUCCUACCUCCCUCUUCUCGCUGAAACUCUGGCCGGAUUUAGUGCCUCGCUUGCAUUUAUCUUUGCUGAAGCCGCUCGUGAUCAGCGCCCGUUCUUCAUCGCCAUGCCAGUUGUGUUUGGGGUGCUAAUGCAAAUCCUGAGCUUUGGAUUUAUAAUGCCCCUGUAUUCCUUGCUCUUCAUCACAGCUGGCACGCGGGUCAAAUCUGGAACAUUAGGCGUUAAAAUCAACCAGGCGAACGCAGAAGCCCUCUUGUUUGCCCUACUCGUGGGAUUCGUCAUUCCGACAGUAUCCAUGUUCCUGUUUGAAGAUGCUACCGUCACUGCCAUCUGGCAGUUUUUCCCAAUCAUCAUGGGGAUCUUGGGGUUCGCCCAUCGUCUCAUACGCUCUCCAUCGCGGCAUAUCGAGUCCGGCUACUCCACUGUGCUGGCCAUGUAUGCUCUCGUCUUCGUAGCUUCGGCUGCAGUUCACAUCCGUUAUGUCUGGCCCCUUUUCACCGAAAUUGAUGCCUUGCAACAUCUAUUUCUGCCAUAUGUGGGGUCAGAUGAUCCGGCUUUGGCCCCAGCGGUUGAAAACAUUGCGGAAUUUUUCAAGUGGGAUUUCCUACUUGGAGUGGCGUCCACUUUUGUGCUGCUUCUAUCGUUUGCCGAAAGUCUCUUCCAAUGCAUUGUUAUCAUGGUCUGGUGUAUUGCGACUACUGUUGUGCUUGGGCCCGGCGCCGCGAUAUCCAGCGUAUUGAUGUGGAGGGAGGAAAAGCUUAACAAGCCUGUUAAGACCCCGAGGGAGAAGGUACAGUAGGCAAUGCAGGGCGUUCGCAAUUUUUUCUGUACACAUAGGCGCUACGUAUUCAUCUCGAUCGUUUAGCGUAGAAGUACACAAACAGUAACUGCGAUCAUGUAUGUGAAGUGAAGUUAACGAAUAUACUAUACGUGGAAGAAUACUGCAUCCGCAAGAAUGCUACGUCAUCGUUUGCCUUUCCCAUUAGCCUUGGACUUCGCCGCGGACUUCUUUUUGGGUCUCUCGUCGUCAUCGGAAACAUCAGAGCCUCGACGAGUCUUCGCUUCAGCAGCUCGCUUG